CAUAGGGAUAUGGUCAAGAAGAGAGCUUGUAGACUAUGAGGCGAGUUAUAUAUUUUAUGUAAGGUGGAGGACAAGGUGAAAUGCACUCUUUCUCGCAAUUUUUUUCUCUGUGCACACCCUAACACUCUAUAACCAACAUCACUGUUGCAAAUUACCUUCCUCGCCAGCAUUCCACUGCAUGCUACGCUAACUACAAUGAUCAAGGCACAGAGAAACGAAUGUGCAUUCUACAACUGUAUCCAGGGACUGCUGGACAAGAAAGCGGCGAUCCAGACACAGGAGCUCAGGGACAAGGACAAGCCUGCGUCAUUGACUAAGUCAGAAAAAAACUACUUGCUUCGGCUGCACUCAACUGUGCCAGUUCAGGUGAAAAACAUCCUUUUAAAUGUGUUUGUCCAAUUUGAAAGGCGCGAGGAUAGAAGCAUGGAUUUCAUCUGUGUCUGCAGAAAGCCAUUCCUGACAAGAGAUAGCCUGAGCAAGCAUUACAACGCUCAAGUUCUCCCUGCUAAUUUGGAGGCCGUCAAUGCCUCAGGAAGAGUGAUUGGUGCAACUAUCCAAGAGUUCAUGCGGGGCUUGGGCAUUGCAAAUACUCAACAGCAACAUACACAGCGCAUGCAAAUCAUGGCGUUUCAAGAGGAACAGCGCACACUGACCACAGCCAUGGAGCAACGGAUCCUGAGCUCUAUUGCCCAGAUUGCAGCAGGUCAAGGGCAGGGGCAAGUUGUGCAAGCUGCGCAAGCUGCUUCUGCUUCUGCUUCUGACACCGGACCUUCCAGUCCGGUUUCUACAAGUAGAAAGAGAACGCGCUCUGACGCCCCUCACUUCGGAACAUUCAGGCCCCCUAGUUUUAUGUCUCCAACUGAAAAUAAGUAAAAUAAAAAUGGCGAUUUGGUGGAGCGAGUGUAGAUCGGUAUAGAAAUUGUGCAGAUGUAGAGACGGGAAAGCGCUUGGUCUCGCCUUGCCUGUCAUUUUCCACGAUAGUGAAAGCUAGGUAACUUCCUACGCGCCGGGAUGCUUGCAAACGAUUGGAGUAUCUGAGGUGUCGAAGGAUCUAGGAUGAAAAGGGCAUUUUAUUG